ACAGAUCUCAUCAUCUCCCCUUUCAAGACUUCUUUGUUUCUUUCUUCUUCAUCUCCUCGAUUCCUUCUUCGUCUUCUCUCCAGAGAUCCUUUCAAACUUAGAAAAAAAAACACAACAAAUGGACUACGAUUACAGAAGCAAGUCUGGACCAUCGUACCCUCGCCCUAUGUACGGACCUUCCUCAGCAUCUCCUUCUCCACCAUCUUCUAACCAUCCUAUUUACGCACCUUCUGGAUACCCUAAGAUAGGUCAACAAAUCGGUCACGGCCAACAAUUUUUCCCUCCGCCGGAGAGAAACCCUUCGUUUCAGCAUAACUCUUCUCCUUCAACCUCAUCUGGAUUAGGGAUCAGGGUGAAUUUGAAGCCUGAGUAUCGGAUUACUCCACCGCCUCAGUUGUUGCCUCGAGUCGGAGAUAUUCAUCGGAGUAGUUUUCAGUUCGAUUUCGGUUUAGAGGGGAAAGUUCUUGCGGAAGCGGAGAAAGAUAAUCCAGAUUGGAGUAAAUUCGGAACGGAGAAUCCACCACCGGCUAAGUUUCCAGAACCAUCGUCGUCUUCAGUGGGUGUAGAUCCUGUAGUGAUGAAAUAUGCUGGACUCAACCGAGAAGCUGUUAACAUAGCAGUUGCAAACUAUGGUGAUAAUCCCACUAAGGUUCAAGAAUUUGCAAAUGGGUUCACAGCAAUACGAGAGAUGGGUUUUCCAACAAACUCUGUUGCAGACGCUCUCUUCAUGUUUGAGAACGACACUGAAAAGGCAUUGGCACAUUUGCUACAUGGUUCUUCCUGAAUUGGCUUUCGACUUCUUUUUAUUCUAUAUAGUUUAUAUAAGUAAACAUCAAAUUUGAUAACACAAAAGAUUGACGAAGUAUAGAUAUUUGGUUUUACUUGUGUAAAAAAUGGAUGAUUUGUGGUUUUACUUUGUUUUAUUUGGUCGGUGAGAAUAUAUGUUUCCCAGUGCCCUCAUCCAAAACCUAGACUUUGUAUAAUGCAAUGACCAAUAAAAUGGCAAGUUUAGAAUA